GGAGAGCACUCUUCACUAAUUUCCGUUGCGAUCGCAGAGUCGAAGGCACUGAGAAAAAUCCAAAUUUCAAUAGCCGUUGUACGGACAUUCGAAUUAGGGUUUUCAAGAAUUCGCCCAAUUUAAUUUCUUGUAUUGCUGCUCAUUCUUAUACGGAACUAGGGUUUCUUCGUGGCGGAUGAUGUUCACGCCACAAAGGAAGGCGUCGACGGCGGCUCUGUCGCUGACGCCGAGGAGCGGCGGCGUCGUUUCGAACCCUAGGAAUACUGGGAAGGGUAAAGCGGCGGCGCUUGUCGAUGGUCCGCCUCCGCCAUUGGGCUCGCUGAGUGAGAACGGGCCUUAUACGACUGCUGGAUUAGAUACCGGUGAUAUGGACGACUGGAGAGCGUUCAAAGAGGCUGGCUUCCUCGAUGAGGCGUCUAUGGAGCGCAAGGACCACCAAGCGCUCGCCGAGAAGGUCUCUAAGCUUCAAACAGAGCUUUUUGAUUACCAGUAUAAUAUGGGGCUUCUCCUGAUUGAGAAGAAAGAGUGGGCAUCGAAGAACGAAGAAUUGAGUCAAGCAUUGGCGGAAACCCAGGAGAUUCUUAAACGCGAACAAUCUGCACACUUAAUUGCAAUAUCUGAGGUUGAGAAGCGGGAGGAGAAUUUACGGAGAGUAUUGGUUGCUGAGAAGCAGUGUGUAGCUCAGCUGGAAAAGACUUUGCAUGAAAUGCACGAGGAGCAUGCCCAAAUAAAGCGCGAGUCUGAAGCAAAGAUGGCUGAUGCAAAUUCAUUAGUUGUGGGAAUUGAAGAGAAGUCUUUGGAGACAGAUGCAAAGUUGUGUGCUGCCGAGGCCAAGCUUGCUGAGGUCAAUAGAAAGAGUUCAGAGUUGGAGAUGAGAUUGGAGGAGGUGGAGGCACGUGAAAGUGUGCUUCGAAGAGAGAAGCUUUCCUUAAGUACAGAGCAAGAGGUACACAAGACAACUUUUUACAAACAAAGGGAAGACUUGAAAGAAUGGGAGAGGAAGCUACAAGAAGGGGAAGAGAGGUUAUGCAAGCUUCGGAGAAUUUUGAAUGAGAAAGAGGAGAAGUCAAAUCAAAAUGAAAUGAUUAUGAAGCAAAAAGAGAAGGACAUCGAAGAAGGGCAAAGGAAGAUUGAAGCUUCGAACACUAUGUUGAAAGAAAAGGAAGUGGAUGUGAAUAAACGGCUAGAUGACUUAGUAUCAAAGGAAAAGGAAGCUAAUUCUUUGAGGAACAUAUUAGAGUUGAAGGAGAGGGAAUUACAUGAAUUUGAGCAAAAACUAAGUUCGAGAGAAAAUGUGGAGAUUCAGGAGCUGCUGGACAAGCACAGAUCUGUUCUCAAUACAAAAAUGCAGGACUUUGAGUUGGAAAUGGAAGAAAGGAGGGAGUCCCAGAACAAGGAACUAAGGAUCAAGGUUGACGGGGUGGAACAAAAGGAGCUGGAAAUCAGCCACAGGGAAGAAAAGUUGUUGAAGAGGGAACAAGCACUGCAUGAGAAAUCAGAGAGGUUGAAUGAGAAAAAUAAGGAACUUGAAACAAAGCUGAAAACUUUGAAGGCGAAUGAGAAAACCAUCAAAGUUGAUGAGAAAACUUUAGAGGUGGAAAGGCAACAACUACUUGCUGAUAUAGAGUGUCUUCAGAAUCUUAGAGAUGAAAUUCAGAAGAUAAAGGAUGAAAACCUUCAACUGGAGCUCCAUAUUCGUGAAGGGAGGGAGAAGCAGGUAAUUACUCAGGAAGAGAGGUCAGAGCACCUCCGUUUGCAGUCGGAAUUGCAGCAGGAAAUAAAGACUUAUAGACUUCAAAAUGAGUUGCUCUUGAAGGAAGCUGAAGAUUUAAAGCAGCAGAGGGAAAAGUUUGAGGAAGAGUGGGAGGAUUUGGAUGAGAGAAAAGCUGAAAUUAGCAGAGAUCUGAAGAAAAUUGUUGAAGAGAAAGAAAAAUUAGAAAAAUUACAAGGCAUGGAGGAAGAAAGGCUGAAAAAGGAGAAAGAUGCAAUGCAAAAUUCCAUACAGAGGGAGCGGGACAGUCUCAAGCUUGAGAAAGAAUCAUUUGCGUCUCAGAUGAGGAAUGAGCAGUUAGCGUUAGCUGAAAAGGCCCAAUUUGAACAUAGUCAAAUGGUUCAAGAUUUUGAUUCACAGAAGAGGGAUCUUGAGGCAGAUAUGGAGAAUAGGGAGCAGGAAAUUAAGAAACGCCUGCAGGAAAUGGAGAGAGCAUUUGAGGAGGAGAAGGAUAGAGAACAUGCUAAAAUUAAUUACUUGAAGGGAGUCACUGAUGAGCAAAGGGAAGAAUUAAGAUCUGAAAGGCAUAGAAUGGAAAAGGAAAGGGAAGAACUUGCUCUGAACAAGAAGCAACAAGAAGUUAAUCAACUUGAAAUGCGCAAAGACAUUGGUCAGCUUGCUAUGCUUAGCAAGAAGAUCAAGCAGCAGCGGGAACAGCUUAUUGAGGAAAGACGACACUUCCUUUCUUUUGUUGAGAAGCUUAAAAGUUGCAAGGACUGUGGAGAAAUGACAAGGGAAUUUGUACUUUCUGAUCUCCAAGUACCAGGAAUGUACCAAGUUGAGGCUGUUUCUCUGCCAAGGCUCAAUGAUGAACUUUUAAAGAACUCUUCGGCUGAUUUAGGUGUUCCUGAUUUGGAAUACACAGAAUCAGGAUGGGGAACGUCUUUGCUGCGCAAAUGCAAGGCAAUGGUUUCUAAAGUUUCUCCAAUAAAAAAAAUGGAGUAUAUUACUGAUGCAGGGUUUUCGGAGUUGCCCCCACUAUCCGCUAUUCAGGUUAAUGUUGAAGAGAAAAGAAUCGAAUCUAAUAUGCUUAUCAAUGAGGGAGAAAGAGGGCACAUCAGUCAUGAAGACGAGCCUGGGCCAUCUUUUAGGAUGCUUAAUGACUCUAGUGCUCAACCACUACCAUCUGAUAACACCACCAAGGAAGUGGAUGAUGGGUAUGCUCCAUCAAUUGAUGAUCAUAGCUUCAUUGACAGUGAGGUUAAAGAUGUUCCAGAUGAUUCCGGGCAAUCUGAGAUAAAGAGUGGUCGGCAACAACCGGCUAGGGGACGCAAGUCCAGACUGUCUAGGACACGCACAGUGAAGGCAACAGUUGAAGAGGCAAAGAAAUUUCUCGGAAAUACUCCAGAAGAACCAUCAAAUGCAAGUAUGCUGCCUAAUGAUAGUAGUUACAAUUAUGAAGAAAUUCAGGGAGCGUCCAGUUUUGCUGAGAAAGCAAAUAGUAGCAUUGGGAGAAAACGAAGGCGUGCUCAGAGCUCUAGGAUUACUGAAAGUGAGCAAGAUGAUUGUGACAGCGAAGGACGUUCGGGCAGUGUCACAACAGCUGGUGGGCGCAGGAAGAGGCGACAAUCCAUUGCUUCUUCCGUGCAAACACCUGGAGAGCAGCGAUAUAACCUCAGACAUCGCAAGACUACAGGAUCAGUCACAGCAGCACCAGCCACGGCUGACCUGAAGAAGAGAAGCAAGGAAGAAACUGGAGGUGGUGGUGUAGAACCAAUUCCUGAAUCUGUUUCUGUGUCAUCAUUGCGGACGGCUGGUGAGAAUGGGCAUACUACACAGUUGAUGCAGGUCACUACAUUAAAAGGUGCAGAAUUCUCACAGGAGCGGGUUGUGAGAUUUAGAACACCAACAGCCACCGUUGAUGACAAUGCUGAAGCCGAUGCAGCCAAAUCAGUUGAAAAUACAGAUAUGAGCGUGGAAGAUAUUGGUACACCGGAAUCUGGUGGCGGCAACAAUACAAAUGGCGAGAGCGACGAUGACUAUGAUGAUGAGGACAUUGAAGAGCGUCCUGGCGAGAAGUCAAUAGGAAAAAAGAUAUGGACUUUCUUAACGACGUGAUGGCGAAAACCAGUUUCUAUUUACCAUUUUACCGAAAACUUUGUAAUGACUAGCUUCAGUUUGUGUGAUUUCUUAGCUGCUUUUUGUUUUCUCAUUUUCGUUGUAAUUCCAAUUUGAAAUGGCGAUUUCGUCGCCCUUUUUAAGUCUUUAGUUUUUGCUCUUCUUUUGGAGGGGUGGAAACAUGGCUGAAGAUAUUAUUACCAGCUUGUAACGCGUUUACUGCUAAGUAGCGCCUCGAAUCUCGAUUCAAUAAUAUAAUGUCAUAUUUUCUCUA